AAUCUCUCCCCCUUUUCCUUCUCUUCACUGUUCCAUUCUCCUCUCUAUCUAUCUAUCUAUCUAUCUAUCUAUCUACCUCUGCUAUCAUUUUCCCUCAAUUUCUCGUUUCAUGGCCGCCGAAGAGUUCCAGGAAUCCGAUAUUAUCUUCUCCGACCACGACCGAGACCUGCCCCGCCAACAUCACUUCGGCUUCAAAGAAAUGGAUCGGCAAAAUACUAGUAAUCGGAGAGGCAACAAAAAGAUGCAGAAGAAAUCGACUUCUUCUUCCUUGCCUGUUAAUAUCCCCAGUAAUGUGUUCCAGUUGUCGGACGGUGAUGAAUUUGCGGAGGAAUUCGAAGGAGAUGAAUUAAUUCCGCCGCAUGUUAUAGUUGGGAGGAGAAUUGAAGGGAAAAUGGCGUUUUCCGUUUGUACAGGAAAUGGAAGAACAUUAAAGGGAAGGGAUUUGAGUCAUGUUAGGAAUUCAAUUCUUAGAUUGACUGGAUUUUUAGAAACAUGACCAUUUAUUCAAUUUGAAUCAAUCUCACUUCUGUUUGUUAUAAGAUUUUUAGAAGAGAAGUCUUCAAAUCUAAAACCACAAUAGGUCCAAAAAAAAUAACAAUAAUAAUUUCAUUUCUCUUUUUCUUUUUAGGUUAAUUUUUUGUUCUCUUGAGGUUUCUUGUAGUCAUUAUCAAUGACUAUUAAAUGGGUUUCAUGCCCAACUUACCAUUGA